AUGAGUUCUGAAAGAGACUCAGAAACGACAUUUGAGGAGGAUUCUCAGCCGAAUGAUGAAGUGGUUCCCUAUAGUGACGAUGAAACAGAAGAUGAGCUCGAAGACCAGGGAGCUGCGGUUGAACCAGAACAGAAUCGAGUCAACAGAGAAGCAGAGGAAAACCGGGAGACAUUCCGAAAAGAUGCUCCAGGGCACAAAGAUUCUCUAGCCCCUGAGACCGGAAGCUCCGAAUUCUUUAACCUCUUCUUGGAGUUUAAGAGUAACGCAAUUAAAACGUACAAGUAUAAUGCCUUUACCUUUCUACCAAUGAAUUUGUUUGAGCAGUUUAAGAGAGCAGCCAAUUUCUAUUUCCUGGUCCUUCUUAUCUUACAGGUAAUGUUCAAGAUUGCCAAGUGGAAAGAGAUUCAAGUUGGAGACGUCAUUCGGCUGAAAAAGAAUGAUUUUAUCCCCGCCGACACACUGCUCCUGUCCAGCUCCGAGCCCAACAGCCUCUGCUACGUUGAAACAGCUGAACUGGAUGGAGAAACAAAUCUCAAGUUCAAAAUGGCGCUGGAAAUCACACACCAGUGUCUCCAGAGAGAAAAUUCACUGGCAGCAUUUGAUGGUUUCGUUGAAUGUGAAGAACCUAAUAACCGACUGGAUAAGUUUACAGGAACACUAUUUUGGAGAAACACAAGUUUUCCUUUGGAUGCUGAUAAAAUUUUAUUACGUGGCUGUGUAAUUAGGAACACCGACUUCUGCCAUGGAUUGGUCAUUUUUGCGGGUGCUGACACGAAAAUAAUGAAAAAUAGUGGGAAAACCAGAUUCAAAAGAACUAAAAUUGAUUACUUGAUGAACUACAUGGUUUAUACGAUCUUUGUUGUUCUCAUUCUGCUUUCUGCUGGUCUGGCCAUCGGCCAUGCUUACUGGGAAGCUCAAGUUGGCAAUUAUUCUUGGUACCUCUAUGAUGGAGAAGACUUUACACCCUCCUACCGCGGAUUCCUAAAUUUCUGGGGCUACAUCAUUGUUCUAAACACCAUGGUGCCCAUCUCUCUCUAUGUCAGCGUGGAGGUGAUCCGUCUGGGACAGAGUUACUUCAUAAACUGGGACCUGCAGAUGUACUAUCCUGAGAAGGACACGCCCGCCAAGGCGAGAACCACCACGCUGAAUGAGCAGCUUGGGCAGAUCCAUUACAUCUUCUCUGAUAAGACAGGGACGCUCACGCAAAACAUCAUGACUUUCAAGAAGUGCUGCAUCAACGGGCAAAUAUAUGGAGACCAUCGGGACGCUUCUCAAAACAAUCACAGCAAGACAGAGCAAGUGGAUUUCAGCUGGAACACGUUUGCUGACGGGAAGCUUGCGUUUUACGACCACUAUCUUAUCGAGCAAAUCCAGUCGGGGAAAGAGUCGGAAGUUCGGCAGUUUUUCUUCUUGCUUGCAGUCUGCCACACGGUCAUGGUGGACAGAAUUGAUGGUCAGCUCAACUACCAGGCGGCCUCUCCUGACGAAGGCGCUCUGGUGAGUGCUGCCAGGAACUUUGGAUUUGCCUUUCUCGCCAGGACCCAGAACACGAUCACCAUCAGUGAAUUGGGGACCGAGAGGACCUACAGUGUUCUUGCCAUUUUGGACUUCAACAGUGACCGGAAGCGAAUGUCUAUAAUUGUAAGAACCCCAGAAGGCAACAUCAGGCUUUAUUGCAAAGGCGCUGACACAGUGAUUUAUGAACGGUUACAUCAGAUGAAUCCAACAAAACAAGAGACACAGGAUGCCCUGGAUAUCUUUGCAAGUGAGACUCUUAGAACUCUGUGCCUUUGCUACAAGGAAAUUGAAGAAAAAGAAUUUGAAGAAUGGAAUAAAAAGUUUAUGGCUGCCAGUAUAGCCUCAACCAACCGGGAUGAAGCUCUGGAUAAAGUGUAUGAGGAGAUUGAAAAGGACUUAAUUCUACUGGGAGCCACAGCUAUUGAAGACAAGUUACAGGAUGGAGUCCCAGAAACCAUUUCAAAACUUGCAAAAGCUGACAUCAAGAUCUGGGUGCUCACUGGAGACAAAAAGGAAACUGCUGAAAAUAUAGGAUUUGCUUGUGAACUCCUGACUGAAGACAUGACUAUCUGCUAUGGGGAAGAUAUCAAUGCUCUUCUUCACACAAGGAUGGAAAACCAGAGGAACAGAGGUGGAGUCUAUGCAAAGUUUGUACCCCCCGUGCACGAACCUUUUUUUCCACCUGGUGAAAGUCGUGCUUUAAUAAUCACUGGUUCUUGGUUGAAUGAAAUUCUUCUGGAGAAAAAGACCAAGAGAAGUAAGAUUCUGAAGCUGAAGUUCCCGAGGACGGAAGAAGAAAGACGGAUGCGGACGCAAAGUAAAAGGCGUCUGGAAGCCAGGAAAGAGCAGAGGCAGAAGAACUUUGUAGACCUGGCCUGUGAGUGCAGUGCAGUCAUCUGCUGCCGGGUCACCCCCAAGCAGAAGGCAAUGGUGGUGGACCUGGUGAAGAGGUACAAGAAAGCCAUCACGCUGGCGAUUGGAGACGGGGCCAAUGAUGUAAACAUGAUCAAAACUGCCCACAUUGGCGUUGGAAUAAGUGGACAAGAAGGCAUGCAAGCUGUCAUGUCAAGUGACUACUCCUUUGCCCAGUUCAGAUACUUGCAGAGACUGCUGUUGGUACACGGCCGGUGGUCUUACAUAAGGAUGUGCAAGUUCCUUCGAUAUUUCUUUUACAAAAACUUCGCAUUUACAUUGGUUCAUUUCUGGUACUCCUUCUUCAAUGGGUACUCUGCACAGACGGCGUACGAGGACUGGUUCAUCACGCUCUACAACGUGCUCUACUCCAGCCUGCCCGUGCUCCUCAUGGGGCUGCUUGACCAGGAUGUGAGUGACAAACUGAGCCUCCGCUUCCCUGGGCUGUACAUAGUAGGACAAAGAGACUUACUUUUCAACUAUAAGAGAUUCUUCGUAAGCUUGGUGCACGGAAUUUUAACAUCGAUGGUCCUCUUCUUCAUACCUCUUGGAGCUUAUCUGCAAACUGUGGGGCAGGAUGGAGAGGCACCUUCAGACUACCAGUCUUUUGCUGUGACGAUUGCUUCUGCUCUUAUAAUAACAGUCAACUUCCAGAUUGGCUUGGAUACUUCUUACUGGACCUUUGUGAAUGCUUUUUCAAUUUUUGGCAGCAUUGCACUUUAUUUUGGCAUCAUGUUUGACUUUCAUAGUGCUGGGAUACAUGUUCUCUUUCCAUCUGCAUUUCAAUUUACAGGCACAGCAUCAAAUGCCUUGAGACAGCCAUACAUUUGGUUGACCAUCAUUCUGACCGUUGCAGUGUGCUUACUGCCCGUCGUUGCCAUACGCUUCUUGUCAAUGACCAUUUGGCCAUCAGAAAGUGAUAAGAUCCAGAAGCAUCGCAAGCGGUUGAAAGCGGAAGAGCAGUGGAAGCGGCGGCAGCACGUGUUCCGCCGGGGCGUGUCCUCGCGGCGCUCCGCCUACGCCUUCUCGCACCAGCGCGGCUACGCGGACCUCAUCUCCUCCGGGCGCAGCAUCCGGAAGAAGCGCUCCCCGCUGGACGCGAUCAUAGCCGAGGGCACCGCGGAGUACCGGCGGACUGUGGAGAGCUGA